AUGCUGCUCUACAAAGAUAUCAUUACCGAUGAUGAGCUCUUCUCCGAUGCCUUCCCCAUGAAGCUCGUCGAUGAUAUUGCCUACGAGGUCGAAUGUGCUACGAUCGUCGUUAAGGACGGCGUCGAUGUCGACAUCGGCGCCAACCCCUCCGCUGAGGAGCAGCAAGAGGCCCUUGAGGAUGGAGCCAAGACGGUCAACAACGUUGUCCACUCCUUCCGCCUCCAGCAAACCUCGUUCGAUAAGAAGAGCUACCUUGUACACCUUAAGAGUUACUUGAAGGCGGUCAAGGAUAAGCUUCCCGAAAAUCAGAAAGAUGAAUUCGAGAAGGGAGCCCAGCCCUUUGCUAAGAAAAUCCUGAGCAACUUGAAGGACUACGAAUUCUACACGAGCGAGAGCAUGAACCCUGAUGGAAUGGUUGCUUUGCUGAACUACCGAGAGGACGGUGUCACCCCCUACUUCACUUUCUGGAAACACGGUUGCAAUGAGGUCAAGCUCUAGAAGCUCUGUUUUGUCCUUCAAAACAAAAUGUAACUUUAUCCUUGUACUAUCUACGAUCGUGUCAUGCCAUUGGGCUGUACGAA